GAGCGCAAAGUGACAAGACCUCUCCAUUCCGCGCUAUAACAUUCACAACAGAAGCCAAAACAAUAACGGAAAUAAGACGAGGGAAAGAAGACAAGUUCUGCUACCGUAAAACCAAGGAUUGCCACUGGAUCACUUUAUACCGGCACACGUUCUGCUUUGCUCUUGAUGAUAAUCAUAUGCGCAAAAGCCGUACAAAGUGCAGGUUGCGAUUGGAAGUCUACGAAACUUUUUUCGCUUUAUUAAACGUCUGGUCUCCGUUUUAUUGUGGAUUUUAAAUAACGAAAUACACGGUGGAUUUCCCCCCCAGUGUUUCUUGAUUCUUUUUUAUUUUAGAUUAUUACUAGCCUAUUUAUAUUCAUCUAUUUUCUGAGGGACAAGGGGACGUUCGAGAAGGCAGUUUUAGUGGAUUUUACGCAGGUGCUUCGGUACUGAAGGGCAGAAUGGAAUUGUUACUUUGACCCACGAUAUCACAAGGUUCAUUCAUAUUCAACAGCUUCGCUUCUCCGAUUGUUUUGAGAGCCAAAAAAGAAACCAGACUGUUCUGUAGCGCUCACUGGAAUUACAAUCAUGAACUUGGUUUUUUAUUCGGUACAAUUCUUUUUUGCAGUUCUCCAUCUGUCUUCUGUAGUACAGACUGCCCACAUACCCAAAGAAGGGGGGAAGAGCAAAAAUGACGUGAUUCCUUUCAUGGAUGUGUAUAAAAAGAGCGCAUGUAAGACACGGGAGAUGCUUAUAGACAUCAUCCAAGAGUAUCCAGAUGAGAUCGAGCACACGUACAUCCCAUCCUGUGUGGUUCUUAUGCGCUGUGCAGGCUGCUGCAAUGACGAAGCACUCGAGUGUGUCCCAACAGAGACUCGCAAUGUCACCAUGGAGGUAUUACGAGUUAAACAACGUGUAUCGCAGCACAAUUUUCAAAUGAGUUUCGCAGAACACACCAAGUGUGAAUGCAGACCAAAGGAAGAAGUCAAAGCAAAGAAAGAAAAGAAACCCAGAAUGAGGAUGGUUAAAAGCCGAAAGAGAGCGAGAGAGAGAGAUACAGGCAAUGCCAGCUCCUUGGCUCACCUGCACUCAAGCAGUAUUUUGCUGUUGCUUGCUGGCUGUAUUUCAAGGCAGCUUGUUUGUUCUUUGUAAUCUCACUUGUUCUGUCGGCUUAAAGCCUCAGUCUGCAUUUAUUUGUACUCAUAUUCAUAUUGUUGGCCCAAUGCCCACAAAGAGGAAAGAAAGCAAAGAUAAAUAAAAAGAGGUUCCAUGGCUGUCUCUGUCAUUAUUGUACUAAUAUCCUGUCACAGCUGGAAUGACAUCAUGCUCAUCUGAUUUCUCACCUGUAUUUUGGCUUCCAUUGACUUGUCUGUUGUUUCAAACAAUAGCAGCUUGUAGAUUGCCUCUCUCCUCUAGAUUGACACUUUAGAAAGUCUAUUUUUAGAAUAGAAAUUGUCUAUGAUUUUAGAAAUCAUUCAAAACAGUAACAUUGACACAAAAGAUACUGCAUCAUUCAGCUCCAGAAAGUUUAUUUUCAAUGUU